AUGAAUGUAUUCGCACGAUGGAGACCUCUAGCCCAUGCCGAAGAGCCAAGCGGCACAAUUGACUAUUCCUCAUCAAACGCCUCUUUACUCUCUAUAUCCAUCAAUCGCGCCUCCUCCGCCAGCGAUCGUCCUUGGAAAAGUCCCGCUGCGUUCACUACUGUCUUCUCUCCCGACGACGACAAUGCCAACGUAUACAACAAAGUUGUCGAGCCAAACAUCUCCAAAGUAUUGCAGGGUGAAUCCUCCAGUUUCUUCGCAUACGGUCACUCUGGAAGCGGCAAGACACACACCAUCAUCGGCUAUGAUCAAACGCCCAGUAAUCUCGGGCUAAGUCUAGCGGCCGCUCACCAACUAUUCGAACACCUUACCAUUCUAAACGAGUCAGAUACGCCGCAGCUUGGUCUCGGCCUAAGUCUCUUUGAGCUCCGUGGCAAAUCAGCAUACGAUCUACUGAACAACCGUGUAGAGUGUCAUAUCCGCGAAGGACCAGAUGGCAAGACGCACAUUCGAGGCAAAACCGAGACUCUCGAGCAUGGUAAAGUCCGCGUGCGGCCCAUCGUCCAACGAGCAUGCUGGACGUUUGAGGACUUUCAACAGGUUCUUCAAGGUGGUUUGGCUCGUCGCGCAGUAGGUACAUCAACUAUUCAUGACCAGAGCUCAAGAACUCAUGCUGUGCUCGAGUUGGAAAUAGUUAACCAGGCGCUCGUGGAUGCUCGUGAAGCACUAAUCGACCGACAAUCCGAAUUGGUGCCCGUGGGAAAACGUGCCACGGACAUAAGCAUCGAGGAGCAAUCCAAGGGGUAUAUCUGUACAGACGGCAAAUGGGGUCCCAAUCCAAACUACACGAUCAACCAGGCACGCAUAGAUGAAGCUAAUGCCGAAAAAGCAAAAUUUGAAGCCCAUGUUCAAACUGCAGAGAAGAACGUCAGCAACAUCUACAACAGUGCAAGUGGUCUCGGCGGCAAAAUUGUGUUUGUCGACCUCGCAGGUGCAGAAUACCACCAAGACAACACCGCUUCUACUCUAAAGGGUAUAAAGCAGACACCGCAAGAGAAACAGGAAGGUCGACAGAUCAACACAGAUCUCCUUGCUUUAAAGGAAGUCAUUCGGGCGUGGUCAGCUAAACAGACACGCAUUCCCUUUCGGUCCUCACCGCUGACGAUGGUUUUGAGAGAGCAGUUCUUGUCGGCGAAGGGGUCUUCUUCGGGCAUGAUUGUGACGUGCUCGCCGGCAAAGGACCAGUAUGCUGCGACGUUGAAUUCACUCAAAUAUGGGGGGUUGGUGGGUGCGGCGACGAAGUAG